AUGUGUGCCUGCAAAGAGAAGAUUAUAUCCAAGUGCUUCAGAGCCAUCAUGGAGCCAUUUGUGCCAGAGAACUUUCAGCGGCUGUGCAGUGUGUUGUAUGAUAGCAAAGCAGUCGUGACUGGCUCCUGUGCCAUUACCAUGCUUCUUGGCCCAGUGGUGCUAGCUGCUCCUUCCACUGCAGACAUGGUUUUCAUGUCUCCUGGCGGGCUGUGUACAUUUUAUCCGACACUUACCCUCAAAAACAAUGCCAUUUUGUCCUUAACAGGGUUCCUUAUUGAGCCUGAGAUGAGCAUUGGCAGUGUCUGGAGCGAACACUUUUCACAGAGUGUGGACGAACUUGCCCUAGCCUGUGGCGCAAUGCCACUCCUGCCACCAAAGUGCAUGGUCUCAGAUCUCAACACAGUUGUGGAUGCCUGCUUCCUCAUAAGCAGGCACUCAUAUGUGAUAGUGAAGGCUUUGUUACCUGUGCAAGCUUUCCCUCCCCCCAAUGCUUUCAUGCGCAAUCUGUUCUCACACAUGGGAAUCAACCAUGAGAUCAAAGGCAAUGUGCUAGUAAUCAAACAUCCCAAGCAAGACAGGAACAAGGUUCUGGAUGUGACUGAAGCAUUUUCCUUCACUGCAAGUAAUGCACUGACAGUCAACACACAGGGGUGGGCUGAGCAAAAUGCUUUGGAAUCAGUUUAA